CCGAUUCAAAUUGGGUAGGUGAACAGUCCAAGACGUACCCGCUUCGCUUAAAGGUGUUCGCGCUUCGAUUGUUUAGUUGCGAUCGCGCCAAUGUUUGAAUUUUCGUACGUUCUUUGCCGAUUUUUCCAGUGAUCAAAGUGAAUCGACGCCUAAUAGUGACAACAACGGGGAUUUUUCCAGUGAAAACUCUGAGUUUUCUAAGCCAGUGCUCCUUAGAGAAGUAACUACAUCCUGAUCUACUUCAACACCGAAUCUCCUUGAAAGAUAGGACCAUUUUCGUACAACCAUGGAAGGUCCUAGCGAUUUGGAACUGAAAAGAAGGCAGUUCAAAAAUCAGGCGUCCACAGUUCAAACCAGAAGACAACAAGCUGUUUGUGUCAGGAGAGCUUGCAAAAAAUAUGGCAGCAAAAGCAGUCCUUUCAUCAUUUUGGAUGGCCUCAAUAUGACUGUGCCCAAAGGAUGCAUAUAUGGUCUUUUAGGAGCUAGUGGCUGUGGAAAAACAACAUUACUAAAUUGUAUUGUUGGAAGAAAAAGAUUGAAUUCUGGAGAAAUAUGGGUUCUUGGUGGUACUCCUGGUUCCAGAGGUAGUGGAGUACCAGGACCUAGGGUUGGAUAUAUGCCUCAAGAAGUGGCGCUUUAUGGUGAAUUCACCAUCAGAGAAACCCUGAAAUAUUUCGGUUGGAUAGCUGGAAUGAAGAACAAGGACAUCGAGGAGAAAUUGAACUUCCUCCUGGAGUUCCUCAUGCUUCCAGACGCAGACAGACAGGUCAAGAAUCUGUCAGGAGGUCAGCAGAGGAGAGUUUCUCUUGCAGCCACUUUGGUCCAUGAGCCUGAGCUGUUGAUUUUGGACGAGCCCACUGUAGGUGUGGAUCCUCUUCUUAGGGCUAAUAUCUGGAAGCAUUUGGUGCAAAUUACGAAGAAUGGAAGGACUACUGUUAUUAUAACCACUCAUUAUAUUGACGAAACUAGGCAGGCUCAUCAGAUUGGUUUAAUGAGAGGAGGAUAUCUUCUAGCUGAAGAAUCUCCAGAGAGGUUGAUCACACAGUUCAACGCUCAAAGUUUGGAAGAUGUGUUCCUCAAACUCAGUGUCAUCCAAAACAUGGGCAAGAGGAGAAGAUCUAGCAUUGCUCAAGGAGUCACAGAGGCCAUAACAGUACCAACAGGAGUAGUUAAUGAAGGAGCCACAAUCGAUGAUGAAAUCUGCGAAAUGUCUGGAGAAUUCGGUGAUAACGUCUCCAUAACAAGCAGAAACCGAAGAGUAUCAAUUUCACCAGAUACCACUGACACUCCAGCAGCUCUUGAACUACCUCCUGCAGAAGAACCACCAGUCCAGUUCUCUGACUACUUCAAAAUCCUCAAAAUGAACCAUAUGAAGGCCUUGGUGUGGAAAAAUUUCUUGUGGAUGUGGAGAAAUAUUCCAGUUAUGGCCUUCAUCAUAGGACUUCCGGUUUGUCAGACGGUGCUGUUCUGUUUGUCCAUAGGACACGAGCCUAAAGGACUUGGACUUUCUGUUGUGAAUAACGAAAUAGACUUCCCAUAUGAAAAAUGUCAGUUUACACCUGGCUGUAACAGUUCUAGGCUGAGUUGCAACUAUCUGAGUUUCUUGCAGAAUAAGUCGUUGAAUUUGUAUUACUACAAUUCGACAGAGGAGGCUUUGGAUACGGUUAAAAACGGAGAUACCUGGGCAACUUUGGUAAUUCCAGCUAAUUUUUCUGAUGCCCUCAGAAACCGUAUGGAUUUGGGCAGAGCUGUUCAGGGAUGGGAUAUUCAAAGUUCAACAGUUUACGUACACCAGGACAAGUCAAAUGAAAAUAUUGGAACCUUUAUUCAGAGAGAUCUGUAUUAUUCUCUUCAAUCCUUCUUCGAAAACUUUGCAGAGUCAUGUGACUACAGUCCACGUGUUGGUAGAAUCCCCUUGAGGUACGAAAAAUUCGUGUAUGGAGAGGAUUCACCUGAAUUCACCAAUUUUGCCGCACCUGGUGUUGUACUAACAAUCAUUUUCUUCUUGGCUGUCGCCCUAACCUCAGGUGCCAUGUUGUUGGAGAGAAAUGAGGGUAUAUUGGAGAGGUCCCUUGUCAACGGUAUCACUGGAACAGAGAUGCUGUUCUCCCACGUGAUCACCCAGUUUACUGUGAUGGUUUUCCAAACCCUCCUAGUCAUUUUUGUGGCAUUCUACAUUUUCGAUCUGAACCAAAAUGGAAACAUAUUUAACGUCAUUGUACUAAUGAUACUGACAGGGAUGUGUGGCAUGUGUUUCGGUUUUGUGGUUGCCUGUGUCUGUGAUAACGAACGUAGCGCCACCUACAUGGCCAUGGGCAGUUUCCUACCCAUAGUGAUGUUGUGCGGUAUCAUCUGGCCAAUCGAGGGUAUGUAUCCAAUUUUGAGGAUAGUUUCUUUCUUCUUGCCACUCACCAAAUCGACUGAAAGUCUUCGCUGCAUAUUGGCCAGAGGUUGGGGCAUCGACAAUCCAGUGGUCUAUGAAGGUUUUAUCUCAACCCUCAUCUGGAUCAUUUUCUUCCUGACGAUAAGUAUUUUGGUGAUCAAAUUCAAGAAAGGAUAGUCUUUAGGAGUGUGUUGUUCUUAGUAUCUAAGUUUUGUUGUAUAAAGAUGAUAGAUUAAAUAAAUUAUUACCUCAUAA